CGUCAGUCGAGUCGUCGGGAGAUGGAUCCACUGGGGGGAAUGGGACACCAACGAGCCAAAGCUUUCCCCAUGGGUGAGUAAGCAAGCGGUGAUUUAAAGCACAUGACGCCGUUGCGCCGUUAUGCCACGCAGAUACCCAUGCAUAGAGCUUACAUUCCGGAAUUCUUCUUCCACUGCUGCCGUCUCCAUUACCGCCGUUGUGGGAUAUUGACGUGAUCGCCUCGCAUUGAUCGACCCCUUCUCUAUACAUCAACAAUGGCAACUCCUUCCCCUUUUGAUAUCCCCUUCGAUCAGCUCCCCAACCCCCGACAGGUCUGGGUUGGGAAACCGGGCAGUUACGAAGAAGGUUUGGGAAAGCUAGCUAUUCUGACCCCAGAUGUAGUCGCCAAAGCGGCGGCCGUCGAAAUUAGAACCGGGCGGCGCGUAACCAUGGGAUGGGACAUGACGAAGCUCGACUAUCCUAAUCUGAACCGCCAGCCAUGCCAGCAUCAGAUCAUCCCGCUCCUGGACGGGGUGGCCUUCGAUGACAUCUUCACCAUGAAUCCUCAGCAAAGUAGCCAGUGGGACGGACUGCGACACUUCUCCCAAACGGUUCCCGGCCAGACGCAGCGAGUCUUCUACGGUGGCACCACGAGCGAAGAGAUUACCGACCGGAAGAAUGACCGGAUCGGUCUGCAGCAUUGGGCACGGGAAGGCAUUGCAGGUCGGGGGGUGUUGAUCGACUAUGCCGCAUGGGCCGAGAAAAGGGGGAUCAAGUAUAGUACCUUCUCGACCCAUCAGGUUCGGCUCGCCGAUAUCGUGGAAAUAGCGCGAGAAUGCAAUAUCACCUUCCAGAAAGGGGAUAUUCUGUUUGUUCGGGUCGGGGUUACCAAGGAGUGGGACACGGUCAUGACCGAUGCUCAGAAACAGGAGUACUCCAAUAACCCAAGUCCCUUACAUGCAGGGGUGGAAGGGACCACUGACAUGCUUCGGUGGCUGUGGGACACCGGAUUUGCCGCCAUUGCGAGCGACUCCAUUAGCUGGGAGGUUUACCCACCUCAAGCGGAUGUUUUCCUGCAUGAGUAUGUUCUGGCAGGAUGGGGGAUGCCAAUUGGCGAGCUGUUUGACCUCGAAGCGUUGGCUCGUAUGUGCCAGGAGCAUCAGCGCUGGAGCUUCUUCGUUGCGUCUAUUCCCCUGAACAUGCCUGGGGGGGUGUCAUCCCCUCCGAACAUCAUGGCAGUCUUCUAGACCCAUAGUUGGGAGUGAGUCCAAUACUCGGUCACAUCCCCUACCCGGUAUCAUAUCAAUCCCUGUUGCAGAUAGAGACUGCCGAUGCGCCAUGACUAGGAUUAGCUACCCCCUCAAUUCAUCACAUUGUCUAAAUGAGCUAUAACAUCAAGCACAUUGACCCAGUGCGUACUGUUGGAGACACAGAAAGAUGGAGGUUUAUUUUUAAUCUUUUGCCCCUCCUAUUCGCGGGGUAUCUUCCGAUGCAUGAGGCCGAUGGGGGACGUGUCAAAUUUC